CUUGGUUACACUUGGUUAUUUUAUUUUCACAGUCACACCACAUUCAAUGCAUGACUGGACUCAUCAGGCAACACUGUUCGUACUUUGUGUGAGAAAUGGACAGCUAUGAAAAACCUCUUUUCGCUGAGCUGCGUGAGUGCAACAAAGCAGCAAAUUCAAAAACACGGAUGCCCAGCAGAUCAAUAGUAACUUUGGUGCUUGUUCUGCUUGUGAUCUUGAUAUUUUUGCCUUUUGCGAUCUAUUUUAUUUCGUCGAAAUAUGACAACUUUCAACAUUUGAGCAAGUUUGAUCCACCUCCUCGGGAUGACAUUGCAAAAACUGCACGCUAUGCUGUACACAAUCUUGAUUGGGGUGUGAUAUCAACAAUUUCCAUUGAGUUUGGUGGAUUCCCAUCUGGUAGACCAGUUUCAGUUGCUGAUGGUCCAAUGGACAACAGUACUGGCAUACCAUAUAUUUACAUUGCACCAGCUACUCCUACAAGCCAUGAUUUGCAGUUCAACACAUCUGCAUCAUUGAGUUUUUCUGAAGCAAUGAGUGACUACUGCUCUAGAAAUCAAUACAUUGCAGAAGAUCCAAGAUGUGCAAGAAUUACUUUAUAUGGAAAUAUUGUAAAAGUGGGGCAGGAAGAAAUACCGUUUGCCAAAAAGUCACUGUUUUCACGAAAUCCUAUCAUGAAACGAUGGCCUGCAUCUCAUAAAUUUUACUUUGCAAAACUUGAGAUCAGCCACGUUCGUCUUCUGGAUUAUUUUGGUCCUUGCCACGAAAUACCAUUGAAAGACUAUUUUGCUGCCAAAGUUUAGCAGUUUAGCGGUUUAGUUUGUAAUUAUUUGGUUUUCCUAUGUAGCUACAUAACUAAAUCAGCAUAGCUUUUAUUAGACAUUGUAAUUUUUGUUAUAUAAUAUGAAUAUAAUUCGUAAUAUAUUUUUUAUUCACAUAAUAUUGGUUGAAUGAUCAUUAAAGAAGUUGCGAUGAGGAAA